UUUAGUUUGCUUGCAUUUAAAGGACAAAGCAAAGCUAUUCCAACAAAAAUGGACGUCGACCAGCAGCCGCUGGUGGAACAAAUCCGCAACCAAAAGCGUAACGAGCUUAAGUUGGAUCAGAAAUCGCACCGGAAGAAGGAGCUCGACCGAAAUCGUGCAGGACUGGGCGAGUUGCACCAUUCGAUUGGUGUCAUCGAACACAUUCCCGAGCAGGAAAUCAAAGCAUUGGCCGGUCGCAUCAAACGGCGGAAGCGCUGCGAGCCGCUCGAUCUCGUACGUCUAAGCUUCGGCUUCCAACAAAGUCGGGAAAAUAUCUCCCACUUUAUACGUAUUACUGGUGCCAUCAACGUGAUCGUGAAGGAGCUGACGGGAAACGACUACAACUUGCAACUGCUAGCCGCGGAAUGUUUGUGCAAUCUGUCGCUCGGGGAUGAUGUUUGCUGCGAAAAAAUAGCCAGUUUCUCUGGUGCGUAUCUGAUUGCACUUUCGGAAAACCUCAACUUCCGGCCACUGCAGCAAACAUGCCUCUGGACGCUGCAAAACAUCGUCGGAUCCAGUCCGAAGGGCACGAAGGUGCUCUUUUCUCAGGGACUAGUGGUGGUUAUGAUCCGUCUCUUGGCUUCUGUGACGGAACAGGAAGCUGCAGACGAUAUUAUUCUAACGCUCGAACUUGCCCUUAACUACGAGCAGGAGAACGAAGCUACACUGGCACGGAUCAUUAAAUGUUUUGUCGGGAGAGUACUUCAUCCCAGUAGCCUACGGCUUCUGCACAAAUGCUACAAUCUCAUGCCGACCGAUCAACUGCUUCAUGAAUCUUCCGUCGAUAUUAUCCACAGCUGCCUCAACUUUCUGUCCAGCGUCACGGGCACGCAUCUGCAGCCACAAGCAGCCCCCAUUCUGCUCUCCAUCCGCAUUCUCGCCCAUCACGUUGUGACGAGUCAGCAGUACGUAGAGGAAAUCUUUCGCCAUCUAGUACAGCAACAGCAGCAGGCGGUGAAGUUUUCCGUGCUCUUCAACGGUUGUGCGGCGGAAGAAAUGCUUCCGGUAUGCAAGGAACUGCUUUGGUUUCUAGGGCAGCUGCAUGCCGACAGUUCCAGCAAUGAAGGGAUGAGGAUUUACCUUUCUUAUGACAAUUUCAUUGAGCACCUUUCCGUGCCGAGGGCUUUGUUGUAAAAGCAUUUUUCAUACGGUACUCGAGGUGAUCUUCAUGUAAAUAGAGCUCACGUGUAGGGAUUAAGGGUUAUUUAUCGGAUUGUUGUACAAGAGAAUACACGUAACAGUUCCUUUUUGGAAUUAUAAUAUACCUUUACAUACUCUUUAACGAA